CCCGCCCUUCUUUCCGUAUGUUUGCUUUCUUCUUCCUCACUCACUCACUCACCAUUAAAACACUUGUGAUUUCUCCGAUUUAAAACCAGCCAUGGCUUCUUCAACAAAUAUUUGGGCCAAACCCCAAUUUCCCCAUUCUCUUUCUUCCUCCUCUGCAAUUGUAGACUUGAGGUUCUCUCCAAGGCUAAAAUGGCAGCCCAAGAGGAACAAAGGCAUCAACAUUAUUCACUCAGCAUUGAACUCUCCUUCGGUUAUCUGUUUCCCGAAACAAAAAACGUACCCGAAUUACAAAGAAGAUGUAAGUCAUCAACAGCCGACGAAGUGGAACCUCCUGCAAAGAGCGGCGGCCAUGGCGCUCGACAUGGCGGAGAGCGCGUUGCUCUCACGUGAGCUUCAACACCCACUCCCUAAAACAUCCGACCCACGCGUUCAAAUCGCCGGAAACUUCUCUCCCGUCCCGGAACAGCCGGUGCAGCGUUCUCUCCCCGUCGAUGGCACCAUCCCUUCUUCUAUAAACGGAGUUUAUCUCCGGAACGGAGCUAAUCCUUUAUUCGAGCCGGUUGCUGGCCAUCACUUGUUUGACGGCGACGGGAUGGUUCACGCUGUUAGCAUCAACAAUGGCGACGCUAGUUACGCCUGUCGGUUCACCGAAACGCAAAGGCUUGUACAGGAGAAAGAAUUGGGCCGCCCUGUUUUCCCUAAAGCAAUCGGCGAGCUCCAUGGCCAUUCGGGGAUCGCAAGGCUUAUGCUGUUUUACGCUCGAGGACUCUUCGGCCUCAUCGAUCAUAAACAAGGCACCGGCGUGGCCAACGCUGGUUUAGUCUAUUUCAACGACCGAGUUCUGGCCAUGUCCGAGGAUGAUCUCCCUUACCACGUUCGCAUCACUUCCUCAGGUGAUUUGGAAACAGUUGGACGAUACGAUUUCGAUCAACAACUCAAAUCGACAAUGAUUGCUCAUCCCAAAAUCGACCCAGUUUCCAAGGAACUCUUCGCUUUGAGUUACGAUGUUGUCCAAAAACCGUACUUGAAGUACUUCAAUUUUUCGCCCGACGGUAAAAAGUCACCCGACGUCGAGAUUCCCUUACCGGUGCCGACCAUGAUGCAUGAUUUCGCCAUCACGGAGAAUUUCGUUGUGAUCCCAGACCAACAAGUUGUGUUCAAGCUGCAAGAGAUGAUCACCGGCGGAUCUCCGGUGAUUUACGAAAAGAACAAGAAGUCUCGGUUCGGGAUUCUUUCGAAAAACGCGAGCAAUGCUGACGAUAUCAUAUGGGUCGAAUCGGAAAAUACCUUUUGUUUUCAUCUAUGGAAUGCUUGGGAAGAACCGGAAUCCAAUGAAGUUGUGGUGAUCGGUUCUUGCAUGACACCACCAGACUCCAUUUUCAACGAAUGUGACGAGAGCUUAAAGAGUGUACUGUCCGAAAUCAGGCUGAAUUUAAAGACAGGUGAAUCCACGCGCCGUCCCAUAAUCUCGGAAUCCGAGCAAAUCAACCUGGAAGCCGGAAUGGUGAACCGGAACCACCUCGGAAGAAAGACACGGUAUGCUUAUCUCGCCAUUGCCGAACCGUGGCCGAAAGUGUCAGGGUUCGCCAAGGUCGAUCUUUUAACUGGGGAGGUAAAAAAACACAUUUACGGCAACAACAAAUACGGCGGGGAGCCAUAUUUUUUACCACGAGAUGACAAUUCUGAAUCAACCGAAGAUGACGGCUACAUUCUUUCCUUUGUUCACGACGAGAAGACAUGGACAUCGGAGCUUCGAAUCGUAAAUGCCAUGAAUUUACAGAUUGAAGCUUCCAUUAAAUUACCUUCCAGGGUCCCAUAUGGCUUUCAUGGAACGUUUAUCCAAGCUAAAGACUUAGUUAAUCAAGCUUAAUUAUAGGUAAAUUAAGUUUUAAAAAAAUAUUUUUACCGUACCGUAAUUUUUUAGACAGAUUUUUUUUUUGAGGAACUUGCUUGUAGCCUUUUAGCAUUUGUAAGCUCAGCUGGUUUUUCUUUAUUUCUUUCAUUUUUGUGUUCCUUUUCCAUUUCUACAUUGUAGAUGGUAAAAAUAUUUUUACAGUAAUUAAUUUUAUGGCUACAAAG